GCCAAUAAGUUCGUUAGACGCUUAGUCUUAAAAAAAGAACCAAGAAAAAAAGCGGUGGAAAAACAGAUAAGUGAAUCUAAAAACAAAAGAUAAAAAAGAAAAAAUAAAUAAAAAUGAGUAAUGAAGAAAGUUUAAUAGAAAUGGAGGAUCCCCUCCAUAGCUUGGAGCACCAUGAAAUGAGUGCUUUAAAUGUUAAUAGAGGUAGUAGUGCAAGUGGAAGUGCUUAUGGCGGUGCAGUCGGUGGUGGCGUUGGUGGUGGAAGUGAACACUCGAAACGCAACAGUUCGGAACGCAGUCUACCUUUGCGCAGCUACAGCAAAUGGUCCCCCUCCGAACAGGGGGCCACUUUGGUUUGGCGCGAUUUGUGUGUUUAUACCGCCGGCCAGAAUGGUUCAUCGCCUAGUUUGUAUAACAUGAAAAGGAUCAUCAAUAAUUCAACGGGUGCUGUGCAACCGGGAAACUUAAUGGCUUUGAUGGGCUCAAGCGGUUCCGGCAAAACCACCCUGAUGUCUGUGCUUGCAUAUCGUCAGGCGGCUGGAACGGUAGUUCAAGGUGACAUCCUUAUCAAUGGUAGGCGCAUUGGCCCAUUCAUGCAUCGCAUAAGUGGUUUUGUUUACCAAGACGAUCGAUUUAAUGGAUAUUUGACCGUUUCGGAGCAUAUGUAUUUUUCGGCUCACUUACGUUUGGAUCGUCGUGUUGGCAAACUGGAACGUAAAAUGAUCAUUCAAGAUCUACUGGAACGCACUGGACUAAUGGCAGCUGCCAACUCACGCAUAGGUUCGGGUGAUGACAAAAAAGUCCUUUCCGGUGGUGAACGCAAACGUUUGGCUUUUGCAGUCGAGUUACUUAAUGAUCCGGUGAUUUUGUUUUGUGAUGAGCCCACCACUGGCCUGGACUCGUACAGUGCUCAACAAUUGGUGCAAACCCUCUAUGAAUUGGCCAAAAAGGGAACGACAAUCUUGUGCACCAUACAUCAGCCCUCGUCACAAUUGUUCGAUAUGUUCAAUAAUGUGCUACUGCUGGCCGAUGGCAGGGUGGCCUUUACAGGUUCGCCACAAAAUGCCUUGGAAUUCUUUGCUGAACAUGGUUAUCCUUGUCCUGAGGCCUAUAAUCCUGCAGAUUUUCUUAUAGGGGUCUUGGCCACCGAUCCUGGCUAUGAACAGGCCUCUCAGAGAUCGGCUCAAUAUAUAUGCGAUUUAUUUGCAGUCAGCUCGGCUGCCAAGCAGAGAGAUAUGUUGGUGAAUUUGGAAAUACACAUGGCCGAAACGGGCGAUUAUCCCUUUGACACUGAAGUCGAGGAUUUCAAAUCGGCCUUUUGGGGUAAGAAAAUCCUAAUCUUAUGGUACAGAUACACAUUGAGCCUGCUAAGGGAUCCCACCUUGCAAUGGAUGAGAUUUUUGCAGAAAAUAGCCAUGGCCAUUAUCAUUGGCCUGUGUUUUGCCGGCACCACCCAGUUGGACCAAAUGGGUGUUCAGGCUGUUCAGGGGGCGCUGUUUGUUAUGAUCUCCGAGAAUACCUUCAAUCCCAUGUACACGGUGCUCAAUGUCUUUCCACAAGGAUUUCCCCUGUUUAUGCGCGAGACGCGUGCGGGUACUUAUUCCACGGCCCAAUAUUACAUAGGCACCAUUGCGGCCAUGUUACCUGGCAUGGUCCUGGAGCCUUUUGUAUUCGUUAUCAUUUGUUAUUUUGUGGCCGGACUGCGCCCGACAUUUUUUGCAUUUCUGAUUACUGCCAUUGCCGUUGUCCUGGUGAUGAAUGUAUCAACGGCAUGCGGUUGCUUUUUCUCGACAGCUUUCAAUUCGUUGCCAUUUGCCAUGGCAUAUUUGGUUCCCAUUGACUACAUAAUCAUGAUCACCUCUGGCAUUUUCAUACAAAUUAGCACCUUGCCUUGGGCAUUUUAUUGGACACAAUUUCUUUCUUGGAUGCUGUAUGCUAACGAGGCAAUGACAAUUGCCCAAUGGUCUGGAAUACAAAAUAUCACAUGCUUCGAGGAAAGUGAAGAAUUGCCAUGCUUCCAUAAUGGCACGGAUGUCCUGAACAAAUACAGCUUCAAUGAGAAAAACCUUUACAUUAAUCUUUUGGCCAUGUUUGGCAUUUAUCUUGCCUUUCACAUUAUGGGCUACUAUUGCCUGUGGCGGAGGGCACGUAAAAUUUAAAAGAAAAAAAUAAAGUAAAAAAAAUUAAAUAA